AGAGAGCCUUCGGGGCGGCUUGCUGGCUCUUCCCCUCCCUCCGGCCCACAAAACCCGACGGGCCCCAGGAAUGCGGGGCUGGCUGGGUGGGAGUUUCUUGCUGCAGGAAGAGGAGGGACUUGGGUGGCACCGGAGAGGAGCGGCGGGGGGCUCCGUCGGAAAAGCUGCCUCACCGCCGCCGCAAUCCUCCUCCUCCUCCUCCUCCUCCGCCGCCGCCUCUCCCUUUGGCACCGUAAACAGGCGAAGAAGGAGCACACGCAGGCACCAUGUCGCAGCCCACGAAGGGGAAAAAACACGCCGCCAAGGCUGGCAAAACGCAUGCUGAUAAAAGUGCAUCUGGAGCAUCUGGAGAUAAAAAAGCGUCAGAAACAACAGAGAAGAAGACUCCUGCUGAAUCCCCAAAAACACAGACAAGUGGCACAUCUCCUGUCACUAAGGUCCCGUCUUCUUCCACUGUUGCCCCAAAGACUACUGCUAUGAAGCCUUCUGAAACAAAGGCUUCUUCAAGCCAGCCAAAGACCAGUGGAUCAGAGUCCCACAAAAGGAAAAGAAACAAGAAGAAGGCAGCUCAAAAGUUAAAGGCAGAAUCUGAAAAAGCAGCUGAGUUAGCCAAGUUAGAUGAUUCUCAAGCUAAACAUCCGCCUGAAGAGAAGCAAAAAGACCCAGGCGGAGAAAAAAGCCCAAGUAAACCUUCUGUGGUAACACAACCUAAACCACUGAGUCCUGGAAAAGCUGCACAGAUGGACAAGGCCCCAGUACAGUUGACAUCGAAAGAAGAAGCAAAGGUUAAAACUGACAAGAAACCGUUGGCUGGCCAAGCAGCUGUUGCUGCCACAGGCGGAGGAAUUACAGCUCCUGAUAAAACAGCUGCAUCGGUGGAUGUUAAAGAAAAUAAAUUGGCAGCCACAACUCCUGCUGCUGCAGACAGUAAACCAGCUGAAAAGUCUGACUUAGAUGCUGCCUUAGAUGAUUUAAUAGAUACACUUGGAAGUCCCGAAGAAAGUCAACCAACACCUCCAGCAUAUACUGGAUCACAAAUUUCGGAGGGCCCUCUGACUUCCUUAUAUAUAGAAGAAUUGGGCAAACGAGAGAGCUCCAUCCCUCCAGAGUAUAGAAAACUAUUGGAGAGUAAAGGAGAUGACAAAGUAGUCCCUCCACCAGCAGCAACAGAAAAAUCUCAGCCAACAAUGACAGAUGAUGACCUUGCGGAUGCUCUGUCAUCUGAUUUUGCUUCCAGUCCUGCAUUACCUGCUGGAGAGAAGAGUGUUGUGCCAAAAGAGAAAAAGCCUGCAGAAGAAGGUGAUCUUUUACUAGCUGAGUCUGCCACUUUCGCUAAAGGUGCAGCUCCUUCUAAGGAGAAGAAACCAAAAUUGGAAGAGAUUGGUGACAUGGCUGCCUUGGAUGCACUUGUGGAUACCCUUGGGAUGCCAGAGCCAGAACCCGAAGUUGACCUUAGUUCCAUUGUAGAAGUUGAAGAGCCAAAGGCCAAAGAAAGAAGGGAGAAGAAACCUGGGGAAGAUGAUGAUACAAUUCCUCCGGAAUACAGAUUAAAACCAACCUUGGACAAAGAUGGGAAACCUCUGUUGCCAGAACCUGAAGAAAAACCUAAGCCUAUUAGUGAAUCUGACCUAAUUGAUGAGUUUUCAAAAGAUUUUGAUAGUCCUCCUCCUCCUCCUCCUGCAGAAGUGUUGAAACCAUCUAAACCUGCAGAUGCAUCUGUGAAACCCGGAGUUCCUGAGCCCCCAAAAGUUCCCAAAGGAGAAGCAGCUGCCUCACCCGCAGUUCCCACUGCACAGCCUUCAGCUCCAUCAGGAGUUCCUACAAAACCGUCAACAGCUGAGUCCAAAAAGAAAUCUACUGAAGAAGUGGUCUCUGUUGCUGCUGCUCCUUCUAUGCAAUCUUCAGCUCCCUUAGCAGUAUGCCCAAGUGCGCCGGUGCCUGAUGACGCCCUAGAAGCCUUAUCUGGAAGUUUAGGAAAAAGAGAACCUGAACCAAAAGAGAAAAAGCCUGCUGUGGAUAAAGUGAAGGAAAAAAACAAAAAAGAGGAACGAGAGAAGCUUGGAGAAGAUGAAGAAACCAUCCCUCCUGAUUAUAGACUUACUGAAACAAAGGAUAAAGAUGGGAAGCCUCUUUUACCAACACCUGAAGAAAAGCCUAAGCCUCUGAGUGAAAGUGAACUUCUUGAUGCUUUGUCAGAAGGGUUUUCUUCUUCACCUUCACCAACAUCCAAAGCUGUCCCAGCUGCUUCACCUCAAAAAUCCAAAGGGCCCAGCAAGCCUGCUGCUGCCUCCACUGAAGAAGUGGUCUCUUCCGCCUCAGCUCCUGCUGUACAUUUGUCGGCUCCAUCACCAGCAGCUACCCCAAAUCGGAAAGAACUUGAUGAUGCUGCAGAUCAUCUUGCAGAUUCACUGGGACAGAGAGAACCUGAUCCAAAUGAAAAUAAACCGGUUGUGGAUAAAAUAAAGGAAAAAGCUAAAUCUGAGCAUAGAGAUAAGCUUGGAGAGAGAGAUGAUACCAUCCCACCUGAGUACCGGCACCUUCUAGACUCUGAUGAAAAGGGUAAACCAAUAAAGCCAUCAGGCAAAGUUGGUGAAAAAACCAAAGAUAAAAAGAAGCCACCUGAUGAUUCAGCAGCAAUUGAUGCCCUUUCAGGGGAUUUUGAUAAUUCUGGGAAACCACCGGUUUCACAACAGCCUUCACCAAAGGAUGAAAAAACAAAAGAUGCCCCCACAUCUAAAUCAGCUAGGAAGGAUGAAAAGAAAUCAAAAUCUGCUAAAAAGGCAAAGGAGCAGUCUUCCAGUGCAAAAUCUGAAAAACAAAAAAAGAGUUAAACAGUGCAAAGAGUCUUCAUGUUGGUGAUGGAUAACUGCACUUGAACAAAAACUAUUUUGCAGAAGCAAGAUAGCCUCCUGAGUGGUUUUAUAUCGUGGUAUCUGGAUAUUUUGGCAUGCUAUGCACUUUUCGCUAUUUUUGAGAAUGAACUAACUUUUUUCUAGUCAUUUAUUUUCCUGUCCUUAUUUUGUAAUUUUCUUCAGUUCUGAGAGGGAAAGGAUGCUUUAUAUUUGUAUGAAAUGUAUUUCCUAUAAAUUUAAUAGCAAUUGAAAAAGUCUGCAGAGUUUUGCACAUAAUCUUCACAUAGUGCCUGUAAAUCUCGGUGAGUUCACAAAAUAAGUGCUUGUGCACUUUUUCUCUAUAUAUUUUAAUAUAAUUCUUGAUUUAAAGCAGCAGUUGGCAACUGAUAGCCCUCCAGACAUUGUGAGACUGCAGCUGAUGGAAGCUGGAAAUUCAACAAUAUCAAAAAGUCUCUAGGUGUCCAACCCUGCUUUAAAGAUUCUGGAUUGCAAUGAACUUUCAUAUAUCAUCUACCUAUUUAGGUCAAUGGGUAUUCCUUUGGGAGAAUGGUAAAGGGAGCACCCAUUUUGCAAGACUUUGAAGUAGAAACAGCCUAGAAGUUAUACUUUCUUCCAACAAUAUAGUAUUGAACAUACACAGUGCCAUUAGUAUUUUCUUUUUAAAGACUUCAGUGCUUCCUGUCACCAUCUUUGGUGCUACUAGCUUCCAGUAAGGAUAUAAUAGUGCAUCAGAACUACCAAAUAAUAAAAUUUGGAGGAGAUGCAGGUUAGCACACUCUUUAAUGGACAAAAUAGUACACAAGUUCAGCCACAAGACAUAUUCAGAAGACACAGAGCAGCUUUUUCCUGAUAUAUAUGUGCGGAGCAGAUUUGAAGUUCAUUUGGAUGCAAGGCUUGCUCAAAACUCCCUGACGUAUUGUUUGUUUCCUUUUGUAUUUCUUGCAGUGAGAGAGGGGUUAUGGCUCUAAGUACCAGAUUCUGAUAGGCUUUGCCCUUCUGAUAGCAUUACCCUUCUUAACUUGAGGGGUGUGAUAUUACUUGUUAGGUAAAAUGGUUGAACUAGCUUUUUUAUCUACCAUUUUGUCAGAUAUGCAGGCCACCAAGAAUAUCACCUGUGCAAGCCCUUUUCAACUGCACUGGAGUUAUCACAAGAUCAUGCCAUUUUGCGCUAUGGCUCUUGUUUUGUUUCAAAAGGAGGAAGAGUGGGAGAUGUUCCCCAUGGAUUGCAUCUUUCACUUUUAGAAAAAUCAGAAUUCAAGUUGUCCUUUACAAUUUAUAUUAAUACAGCACUGUAUUUGACAGUCUGUAUGGAAAUUCUGUGUCACACUAAUAAAGUUUUUGGAAAGUA